UGAACACCCUUUAUUUUGAAAUCACUUACCCGGAAACUUUUCUUCUUUCCUUUUUUCUGGUGUCCUGUCUGGUCUUAACAAUGGCUCAGGCAGUACAGAAAGUCGUUGCAAAAGUACCUACUUUAAUCGGCGCCGCUGUCACCUACUCCAAACCCCGACUAGCGACCUUCUGGCACUAUGCCCGAGUGGAGCUCGUCCCACCGUCUCCGGCUGAGAUCCCCAAAGCCAUCAAGGCCGCUUCAGGCCUCAUCAAGAGCUUCCAGUCAGGACGCCUGGGACAAACCACAGUGAAGGAUGCCUUAAGGAAUGGACUUGUGACCACGGAGGUACUGAUGUGGUUCUACAUUGGAGAGUGCAUUGGCAAAGGAGGCAUUAUUGGAUAUGACGUCUAAAUAUUGGACUGUUCUUUCUCCCUCUGCACUUCUAAUUGUCACAUUCUCAACAGCCUGCACUAAAUUUUCAAAUAAACAGAUGUCUAUCGUCAAAAGUA